UCAGUAGGUACUUCAGGCCAUAGGAGAAGGAAGUAGCAAUGAUAUUCAUGCCAAUAAGCGUAUCUUUACGUUUAUACCUCCUAUGUUGGAGCGUAAACAUUGCGAUCGGUAAAGGGGAAAUUUCGUGCAAGAAUUAUGCAGGUCGCGACGUUGACUGGUUUGUCUUAUAUAAGCUACCAAAAACCAAACCGAACAAGUUCCACUACUGGACACCUAAUGGAGAUGAAAUGGCGUACCACGGUAGCGAUUCCCCAAAAGGAACGUGGCACUUGCUACCCUCUAGCAUCUUCCACCAUAAGCUUAACCCAAUCUGGGAGACUCUGAAAGCUGCAUAUCGCAAAAAAACAAAAGUGGCUUACGCCUCUUACAAUGACCAACCACCAAAAAAGUUUACCGGGACUAGAGGAGGGCACUCCAAAGGUGUGCUGAUGGCAAGCAAAGAUGGCGAAGGAGGCACAGUAUGGCUACAGCACAGCGUGCCACAGUUUGUCGAUGAUAUGGAAAAUGAUUACGUUUACCCCCCGAGUGGGCGAGAAAACGGCCAGCUCUUUCUGUGCCUUACACUUGGCCUUGCUGAUGUAGAAAUUAUAG